AAUAAAUAAGACAGUUUAAGGACUGUACAUGUUCUUAUCCAUAAUUGAAAAGACAUGUAAAUAUAAUUAAAGUUUUCUUUCUCCUUAGACUUCAGUUUUGAGAGUUAAACCUGUUUUGAUUAGCAUUGUAAGCUUUGACCAUAUUGUUUAAUAGUGAUAGCGGAUGCUAACCAAGUGCUUUUAUGUGCUAAGCUAGGCUCUGUUCUAAACACUGUUUUUGUAUUAGAUACUGUUUCAGUGCUUUAGACGUAUUAACUUAUUUCAUCCUCAGAAAAGCCCCGUGAAGUUUCAAACCGAAGAGUAGUAUAUGAAAUUCAAAAGUCUUGUUGAUAGUGACUCUUUAUCAGUGCCGUAGCAUUUAUUUAACUGGUAAUAGAAAGCUAAACAGAAACCCAAACUUAAUGAAUCUCUGAGAAUGACCCGUUAAUAUAUACUGUUGUCGACAGCCAGCCAGCUCUUGGGAGGAAACUUUGGGAAGAAGGUGACAUUUGCCUUCAGUGUCCCAUUUUCCUAGACUGGCUUACCAGUUUAUUUUCCUUUCCCCUGUAAAGCAUGUUCCCCUUGCUUUUGCCUUUCAUUUCAUAAAUGUAAAAAGAUGAGGGAGUUUGUUCCUCACUGUGGUCAUCUACAUCCGUUUAUGUGAAAUGUGUAUUUAAUAUUUUGAUAGAAAGUUAGAUCUUUGGGUGGGGUGUAUGGGGAUGUGUAGAAAAAAGAUGUUUUGCAAAGAAAAAUCAUACAGUCUCUUGGGAAGUAUGUUUAUCUAUCACUUGGAUGUUUUUCCUUGUUAGUUUUGAUUAUGAAGAUGCAGGCUACCAGACUGCAGAACUUGUAAAAAUGGAUAUUCUACUGAAUGGAAAUCUUGUAGAGGAGCUGGUAACUAUUGUACACAAAGACAAAGCACACUCUGUUGGCAAAGCCAUAUGUGAACGUCUUAAGGAUUCUCUUCCUAGGCAGCUGUUUGAGAUAGCAAUUCAAGCUGCUGUUGGAAGUAGAAUCAUUGCAAGAGAAACUGUGAAAGCUUAUAGGAAAAACGUUUUGGCAAAAUGUUAUGGUGGUGAUAUUACCCGAAAAAUGAAACUUUUGAAGAGACAAGCAGAAGGAAAGAAAAAACUGAGGAAAAUUGGCAACAUUGAAGUUCCAAAAGAUGCUUUUAUAAAAGUUCUAAGAACACAACCUGAUAAGUAAUUGGUGGAAAAAAAUACAAUGAGUUUUCAUAAAUUAAAACUUGUGUAUCUUUUAA